UACUUGUUUUCUUGGUCCUCUCACUCUCUCUCUCUUUCUUUCUUUCUUUCUCUCGUUCUCUCUCUCUCUCUUUCUCUCUCUCUCUCUAGUUACGGAACACAAGUUUGCUGUCAUGAAAGUUGAACUGUGUUUGUGACAUAGUAAUCAGUAGCACAUACCAUACGAGUUCCCACCAGAACACAACACAACACAAGUUGACAAUCGAGGUUUCUAAGAAGACCCAUUUUCCCAGGUCGAUUUUUCACACGUGGGCCCUAUCCCCUUCAAGUGUUGGUUUCACUUUAUCAGCAGAUGGAUUAUCUAUGCUGUGAUGACAACAAAGAAGGCACUGAGAUGAAAUCUUCUGAUGCUUCUGAUGAUAUAUUUGGAGAUCCAGAAGAUCAUCCUCAUGUUGGAGAGGAGCACCAAGCUGAAAUUCCUGCAUUCAUCGCCGUGCCGUAUCGCUCUCAGCUCAUAAAGAAGACAAUAGAUUCAGAAACCAGAGUCAAUAGGCCAGAGUCUUUCUCACUAGGAUUACCUAUUCCUCUGAUGUGGUCACAUUGCAAGUUAGAAAACAGUAAUUGGGAGGCCUUAGAAUCUAUCACAAGCAAAGAGGGACAAAUGAUUUCGGAGAAUGAAUGUCCUAAGCUUAAAGUGGAAUUUCAGACUAUGUUUUCUAAUUUUCAAAUUCAAUCCUCUGCAAAAUCUGUUGAGUCAAGAGGAAAGUAUCUUCUCCCUGGUUUGUUGGCUGCUCAAUCUUGGACGAACACGGAAUAUGACAGUUUUCUUCUUGGCCUCUAUAUAUUUGGAAAGAAUCUCAGUCUUGUAAAGAGAUUUGUUGGGACCAAAAACAUGGGAGACGUAUUGUCUUUCUAUUAUGGCAAGUUUUAUAGGUCUAAAGGGUAUCGCCGAUGGUCAGAGUGCCGGAAGUUGAGAAAUAGGCGAUGUAUAUACGGCCAGAAAAUAUUCACUGGAUGGAGGCAACAAGAAUUGCUGUCAAGAAUGUUUUCCCAUGUUGCAGGAGAAUGCCAAACUUUGUUGAUUGAGAUUUCAAGGAAAUUUCUGGAGGGAAAGAUGCCAUUUGAAGAAUAUGUAUUUGAUUUAAAGGAUGCUGUUGGCAUUGAAUUGUUCAUAGCUGCAGUAGGCAUUGGUAAAGGGAAGCAAGAUCUCACUGGCACUGCCAACGAGCCGACAAAGACCACAAACGUGUUCUCUGUUCGCGCCGAAAUACCAGUUGGCAAAGCUUGCUCCUCUCUUACAUCAGCUGACAUAAUCAAGUUUCUCACAGGAAAUUUCAGGUUGAGCAAAGCUCGGUCCAAUGAUCUCUUCUGGGAAGCUGUUUGGCCGCGCCUUUUGGCGAAAGGGUGGCAUUCUGAGCAGCCUAAGGAUCAAUUUGUCACCAGUUCAAAACCUUCCUUGGUUUUUCUUAUACCUGGUGUUAAGAAAUUUUCAAGAAGGAAACUGGUAAAAGGCAACCACUACUUCGAUUCGAUAAGUGAUGUUUUGAAUAAAGUAGCACUGGAGCCAGGGCUUAUUGAGAAUGAAGUUCAAGCAACUGAGGGAAACAAACAGUUUCGUUACCUUCAACCGCUAAGUUCAAAGUGCAAUCAAGAUCAUGGGAAAUUUACAGUUGUUGAUACAAGCAUUGUUGUUGAUUCGCAUCAAUGUAAAGUGAGGCAGCUAAGAAGCUUACCUUUUCAAACUAUGAGCAUAUCUGACAUCUCAAGCAGUUCCAUUGAAUCUGAGCAAGAUACUUCUGAAGAAGCUGAAGAAGAAGUUGAACAAGGUAGUCCUCCAAAUCAUGUUGAACAAGCUGAUUCUUCAAACCAUGUUGAUGAUCAGGUUGAACAGGCUAAUUCUUCAAAGCCUGUUGGAGAAUUCUCUGCUACAGAUAUGAGCAUAGAUGCAUUAGACUUAUCUCUUACACUCGAUGAGCGCAACACCACCACCUUAGAAGUAGAAAAUCAUAGAUUUCAUUCAGAGCAGCAUGAUGGAAACCAUUCAAGGGAGAUCAAUGAGCAUGAAUUCAUUCAAAAUGCAGCAUCUGAUUGCUCAAAUUGCUUUCCUAAUGUCACCAAAAUACAGAAGUUUGAUUUGAAUGAACCUGUUUCGCCAUCAACUUUGCACGAAGCAUCCGAGGGCGUGGUUUUGUCUAUGGAUUCAGACAUCUUUUCUCACCCUUGUGAAGGCAGUGCCACUCAGCAGGAUCCGGUUGUACAAGUUUCUGCAGAAAAAUCUAAAACCAUGAUGUUGAUUGACUUGAAUUUUCCUCAAGUUUCACCAGAGUUUGGAAUUGACAUGGACAUGGACAUGGACAUGGAAAGGGAUGUUCCAUCCUCUAAUGUCAUGCAGCAAAAUCACAAUCCAUGUGAAAAUACAUCGUCGUCCUCUCCAUCCGACACGGCGCAGCUCAAUGCCAUACAGGAAUCUCCUGAUCAUCAUGAUAAGGCGCAGCAAUCCGGCAUUGUCAGCCGUCGGACGAGCACUAGAAACCGACCAUUGACCACAAAAGCAUUGGAAGCUCUUGAGUACAGAUUUCUCAACUCAAAGAGGAAGAGAAAGAGCACAGAAUCUUCAGAGAGUAAUUCUUCAAAGUCAAGAUAUAUAGGUGCAAGUAAUGGAACAAUAGUUAGUGGUAAUUGUGACAAUGGCAUUGUGACUUCCAUGGCUGAUACAAGAGCAGAGGAAGAGAAUGUUAUGGCAUUAAUCUGAAGGGAAAAUCACUAUACUGUGGAAAAAAGAUGGGAUACAAUUUCAUUGUUUCAAGUGUAUCCAUAAUACACAAGAACAUCAAUGCUAUCAGUAUAUGUUCACAGAUCACUUACCUUUUUUUCUUGAGAAUUUGACCUGAUAAUAGAAUAAGAUAGCAUGUGGAUAAAGGUUUUAAUAAUGAGUUACCCAAGUUUAGUGAGAAGAGAAAAUCAUUCUCUCUGAUGGGAAUCAUAAUACUGUUGAGGCACUGUAAAGUGUAAAAAAAAAACUGUUAAGUGGUAGUUUCUAUUUCAUGUCAGAUUGAUAGGAAUGUUAAUUAUGUUAUUAGAACACAA